GUCACGUCUUGAAUCAGUUUUUACUCAGCUGCACAUUGGGAAAGCUCUGAGCAGAGGCACAGAGAGGAGAGUUUCAUCUGCAGACUCAAGAAGACUGCUGUACUGUGGUUACUUGGGACUGCAUUGGGCUAGGAUAUUUUUAUGAUCAUAAGGGCAAGAAUCUAGAGCUAGUUCAGCAGACACAGAGAAGGACAACGCUGAGACGGAAAUAAUGUUCUUUGCUGACUUUUUCAGACGGAUUUUCUUUGUUUAUCUAUUUGCUCUUACCUUUAAAAAAAGAGAGAGAUUAUUCUGCAGAAGGUAGCAAUCCUUGCCUUGCCAAGAUUUCUGUUCCUUUCAGAAAUGGAUAUUCUGUCUUCUCUGCUGUAGCACUUCGUGAAAGAUCUGGAUAAAGGAGAUGGAGGCAUGAUGGAAUUAGAAGGAUGAAAUCGGCACCUCGUGGUGGAAAGCUGAAGGAUAUUACAAGCAAGGAUUAAGUCGAAACAGAAGACUGCACCGGAGCUAAAGAUGACAGAAGGCAGACACUGCCAGGUGCAGCUCCUUGAUGACAGGACCUUGGAGCUGCUGGUUCAGCCCAAACUUCUGUCUCGAGAGUUACUGGAUCUGGUGGCAUCACAUUUCAACCUCAAAGAAAAGGAGUAUUUUGGGAUAACGUUUAUAGAUGACACAGGUCAGAAUAUCUGGCUGCAGUUAGAUCAUCGAGUUCUGGAUCAUGACUUGCCCAAGAAGCCAGGCCCAGCAGCUCUGUCCUUCGCAGUUCGGUUUUACAUUGAAAGCAUAUCGUUUCUGAAGGACAAAACCACGGUAGAGCUCUUUUUUCUGAAUGCAAAGUCCUGUGUGCACAAGGGGCAGAUUGAGGUAGACAGCGAGACCGUCUUCAAGUUAGCCGCCCUGGUUUUACAGGAAGCUAAAGGGGACUACUCCAGCGAUGAAAACACGAGGAAAGAUUUGAAGACGCUGCCUGUCUUUCCUACCAAGACUUUGCAGGAGCAUCCAUCACUUGCCUACUGUGAGGACAGAGUGAUUGAGCAUUACAUAAAUAUUAAAGGCCUGAGCAGAGGACAAGCCAUUGUUCAGUACAUGAAAGUGGUGGAAGCCCUGCCCACUUAUGGAGUCCAUUACUAUGGAGUAAAGGAUAAACAAGGAAUCCCUUGGUGGCUUGGGAUCAGUUAUAAAGGAAUCGGCCAGUACGACUUACAAGACAAAGUCAAGCCUAGAAAAUUAUUUCAAUGGAAGCAGCUGGAAAACCUGUACUUCCGUGAGAAGAAAUUUGCCGUGGAGGUUCAUGAUCCUCGCAGAAUUUCAGUGUCACGAAGGACUUUUGGUCAGAGCGGACUUGUAGUGCUGACCUGGUAUGCAAACACUUCCCUGAUCAAAUCCAUCUGGGUGAUGGCAAUCAGUCAACACCAGUUUUACUUGGACAGAAAACAAAGCAAAGCAAAAAUUCCUUCAGCCAGGAGUUUGGACGAUAUAGCGAUGGACCUGACCGAGAUGGGAACGCCGAAGGUUUCCAAACUGGUGACUUCGGAGGCAAAAAAUCAGCUUAUCAUGGCCAGCAACGGCAGCUUAAUCUCCUCAGGGUCUCAGGAUUCAGAGGCCAGUGAGGAGCAAAAGAAAGAGAAAAUUAUGGAGCUAAAGAAGAAGGAGAAGCUGCUGCAAGAAAAGCUGCUUCAGAAAGUAGAGGAGCUGAAAAAGAUCUGCCUGCGAGAAGCGGAGCUGACUGGCAAGAUGCCGAAGGAGUAUCCCCUGAGCGCGGGUGAGAAACCUCCUCCGGUCAGAAGGCGCGUAGGCACAGCAUUCAAACUGGAUGACAACCUGCUUCCCAGCGAAGAGGACCCGACCUUACAAAGCUUGGAGAGCAAUUUCUUCAUACAGCAAAAGCUGGUGGAAGCGGCAAAGAAACUGGCUAGCGAGCCGGACCUAUGCAAAAACGUGAAGAAGAAGAGGAAGCAGGAUUAUACGGACGCCGUCAAAAAGCUGCAAGACAUUGAGAAUUCCAUUAACAAAUACCGGAUCAAGAGCGGCAAAAAACCAACCCAGAAAUCAACCCUCAUUAUACCAGAUGACAUCAUCCCAUCGGAAAGCAGCUCUUUGUCUGAUACAACAACGUAUGAUGAUGCCAACGAGUCCCUGACCCUGCCAGCACAGAAAACAAGCUCCGUACCACUUUCUCCAAGAACCCCUCCGCCAAAGUCUCUUGGUGUGGAGAGAAUCCAUCUUAGGAAAUCCUCCAUAAAUGACCAGUACCUAGAAACCAGAUAUUCCAGGGACCCCCUCUCAACACAUAGUAGUCCCUACCGGACACUGGAACGGCAGCCUUACGGAGGGAGAAGCAUGCCUACCACACCUGUCCUUACACGCAAUGCCUACAGUAGCAGCCAAUUACAGCCAGAUGUUUCCCCGCAGCACUGCAGACAGCGCAGUGGCAGCCUGGAGUCACAAACCCAUUUGCUGUCUGAGACCGUCGGGGAAAAGCCUGCGUUCUCCCUCUCCAAAUCUCAGCGAAGCAGCAGCACAGAAAUCUUGGACGACGGGUCAUCCUACACCAGCCAGUCGAGUGCAGAAUAUUACUGCACGACACCUACUCCCAACCCAUAUUACACCACGCAGACAUUAGACAACCGCACGCGGGGCCGGAGGAGGUCGAAGAAGCAAAACAUUUCGGCUGCCAAUUCGGGGAGCAUGCCAAACCUUGCCCAAAAGGACAUCCGAAACGGUGUCUACCAAAAGAGUCAAGGGCAGCCUUCCUCUAGCUACUAUAUUUCUGGAUACACCCCGUAUGCCGAAUGUGACGUUUAUUACAAUGGGGGGUAUGUUUACGAGAGUGAUACCGAGGGGCAGUAUAGCGUCAACCCUUCCCAUCGCUCGUCAGCGCACUAUGGAUAUGACCGUUAUAGGGAAUUCAGGUCCUACCAUGAAGAUGAGAUGAACAGAGUACCACACAACCCCUAUGCGACUCUAAGGCUUCCCAGGAAGCAAGUGGUUAAAACGGAGCAUAUAACCAAAAACAUUCACAAGGCCUUAGUAGCAGAGCAUCUCCGCGGUUGGUACCAACGUGCCUCGGGUCCAAAAAAGGAGCAGAGUCAUAGCCUGCAGGCAAGCUUUGACUCUGAUCGAGGAUCCCAGAGGAGCUUGGGCUUCGCUAGCCUGCAAGUACCGUGCUCUCCUAGCAGCCGGGCUUCUUCUUUCUCUUCAGCUUCUUCAACAAACGCUUCUGGGAACUGGAGGAACCAGACAACCCUGGGACUUCCUGAUUACGAUACCUUGUCUCAUUCCUCUUACACCAGCUGUUAUGCAAAUGUUUAUGGCAACUUUCCACUGCAGAGCAGGGCAUAUGCAGAGCCAAGCCAGCUGGAGGACGAUGCUGAGGACCGGUUGGAAGACGGCUUACACAAUAACGAGCAGAGACUGUUUUGGCACGAGGACUCUAAGCCCGGGACGCUCGUGUAGGUCACCAACCACCUUGCGUUUCAAUCGCCUUGUGCCUUGCACAGAACGCCGCUAUCCUGGCAGAGGUCUUCGGCGGAGUUUCCCAAAUGAAAAACAAAAGCGCGUUGGUUUGCUGGUGAAGAUCCCGAUCAGCAAUAAGAGGGACGUGACAGAAUUACAAAGCCUUACCAACAAAGGCGUUUCUUCCUUAAUCCAGACAGUAGCCGUUCUGAGCGAGGGCAAGCCACGGUUUCAUCUACAACAAGAUGCAGCACUUGGAUGAAGUAUUUAUAUUGAGCAAGCACUUUUUGAAGACUGCAAGGUGUGGAAGGCAAACCUCGAAGAAAAAAAAAAUGUGAAAAGGGGACUCUGUGGGGAAAACGGCGUUUGAGGAGCACAAUUUGAAUGGCUGAAAGAAGAAGGAAUGGGGAUUUCUUCUGCGGUAGCUUGUGAUGGGCUUCAUAAGCUGAUGAAGGAUUUUGUGUAUGAAUGAGGCAAAGGUUGACUUAAUCAGUAUUGGAUCCUUACUUGAAGGAAGGCCAGCUUUUUUUUUUUUUAAACAGAGGUUUGAGUGAGCUUCACUGUUUUUUGGGUGUUGUUAGGAGUGUUUGUUGUUUAGCACCACAGAAUGAGUUUCCAGAAAGAAAGCGAUCUGCUGUUGCAACGUGUAGCAUAAAACGAACUUUACGUGGUUGUGGAUUUUGGAAAUGGAAGCGGUAAGCUUUGAAUGUUUUUCCACGAUAAAAUGAAAAUCGGUAAUUUUGCGUUCGGUGAAUUUUCCACGGUACAGUGUCAUUGUGCAGGUGAGCAUGCAGAUUCUCAUGUUGAAUGCACAGUGAACAGUUCAGCAGACAGCUAGUAUGUUUUGCUCUGCCAUUUUCAAUUAAAAAAAUCUGAGAUGGGAUGCUUUAGUUCUCGCAUAUUGAACAAUGUUGUUAUAAUGGCCAGUAUUUUAAGGUGGUUGCAAAAAAAAGAAAAGAAAAAGACCAAGUGGGUGCCUUAAAAUUGAGGGCGUUGAAUUGUACAAUGUAUCAUCCGAAAUGCCAGGUGCAUUACUGAGUCACUGAGUGACAGCAGCGUUUUCACAUAAAAUCAUUGAUGUUCUUUUAAAAAAAAAAAUGAACUGCAGUUUUGAUCUAGGAGGGAUAAACCUACCUCAUAUCAUCCAUAUGUAGGAAUGAAUUAGCGUGGAUUCUCUUGUGUAAUUUCCAAAAAUCUCAUUUGCAUACGGUUAAAAUAAUUCUUGUUUCUCAGCUGUACUGUGCUUCAGGAAUCCAUAAAAUGGUGCUCUUUUUUUCCUCCCCUUUUAUACAGAGGGUUUAGUUACUCCUUGUGCAUAUUGUGAAUAGAAAAGUUCUGAUAAACUUUUUUGAACAUUUUUUUACCAAUAUUCCAAAGCAUGUAAUAUAUAUAUGGAAAGACAAAUUUGUUAAGCUGGUCCUUAGUCAUUUGUAUUAUUAGAGUUGAGGUUUGGAAUAAACGAGCAAAAACUAAAUGAAAAAAAAAUUAUUUAUUUGUUUUUGCAUAUUUGUAUAGCCUUCUAGAAAUGCAAAAGCCCUUUUUUGCCUAUUCUUUUACUACUUCUGACUUUUUGGGACCUAUUAUUUUGUAUGGGUCAAUAAACUAAAAGUAUGCUACCAAA